CUGGCCGUGCGCGCGGCGGCCGUGCCGGCGGCGCCGCGGCUGCGGGACGCCGGCCUGGAGGAGCUCGGCGACGCGGCUCCGCCCUGGCGCCGCGCCUGUCUCGUCACGCGCCCUCCCGCCCGCUCCUUGCUCGAUUUCGCCGACGAACGCGUUGCGGAGCGUUACAGUUUAACGGAUGACAUCCAGGGAAUCGACGAUUUCUGCCAAAAUUGCACAUUCACUCCGGAGUGGUGCAUCGGCGAUAACGUGACGUGUGCCACGCUCUUGACGAGCGACGAAAUCGAAAGAGACGUGCUCGCCGAGGUGGUGCGCUCGCACAGGCUGCUGGCGCGCGUGGUGCCGCUGGGCGCGCGGCUGGCGGAGCGGGUGGAGCGGGCGGGCGGGCGCGGCGUGCUGGUGUGCGACCGCGCGCCCGAGCUGUCGCCGCUCGCCCGGCUGCAGGCCACGCCCCUCGGCCCGCCGCCCUGCCUCGGCGCGAGCGAUUGCCCCUUCGAACCGCAACGUCUGAUCAAGAUAGCGAACGUGCGAGCUCUGGCGAAGUACCCGAGUGCGCUUCGUACCCUGAUCCGUCUCUCGUUCGGCGCCGAGGACCUGGCCGAUCUCCUCAGCCGCGCUCGUCGAGUCGGACCCGAGGAGGCGGCUCGGACGUACGUCGACGCCCACCCGUCGUCCGCUUCGCUCGGUGAAGUGAGAGUCGCGGUCCUGUUACCCGCGAGCACCGAUCGCGAAGCCUACGAGGCCCACUCGUACGAGAGCGCCGCUAAACUCGUCGAAAGAGAGAUCGAGGACGAACGCACACCGGGAGCGGCGCAUUUCAAGGUGGAGGUGUUCGACGACGGCUGCUCGGCGCCGCGGGCGUACAAGUACCUGACGGACGCGCUCGGCACCGGCGAGUACGGCGCGCUGUCGGCGGUGGCGGGCCCGGCGUGCGGCGCCGCGUUCGCGGACGUGGCGCGCCAGAGCCCGGCGCACGCGCUGCCCGUGCUGGCCUACACGCCGCAGGCGCCGCCGCCGGGCGCCGCCGGGCUGGCGCUGCUGGCCGCCGGCGACGCGCGCCUGCACACGCAGCUGUGGGCGGCGCUGAUGGCGGCGAUGCGCUGGCGCCGGCUCGCCGUGCUCAGCGAGCCGGCCACGCGGGCCGCUCUGGACGUCGUUCGACUUCGAGAUUAUGAAGUCACGCAUUCCGAACUACCGGACGACGGUGCCGGCGUUCACAUGGAGUUGAUCUCGCAGUGGGCGAAGCGAACGGCGGAGGCGAACUCCCGCAUCGUGCACCUGUGCCUGGAGGACGCGCGCUCGGUCCGCGCGGCGCUGUGCGCGGGGCAGCGCGCGGGGCUGGCGGGCGCCGUGUGGCUGCUGCCCGCGCUGCCGGCCGGCUGGCUGGCGCGCGAGCCGCCCUGCCCGCGCGCCGUGCUGGCCGCCGCCGCCGAGGGCCACCUGCGCGCCGCGCCCGCCUGGCGCGCCCGGCCGCGCGCCUGGCCCGCCUGCGCCGGCUGCGCGCCCGGCGCCGCGCUGCUGUACGACGCGCUCAAGCUGUGGGCCGCCGCCCUCGCGCGCCUGCUCGCCGCCGACCCCGCCGCCGUCGACGACCUCCAUCGCCCGGAAAAUGUUAGGACCUUGAUCGAGGACGCCACCUCGACCGAAUUCAUCGGUCUCACGGGUCGUUUCAACUGGAGCUCGUCCGACGGAGUGCACGCCCGCGAGACGCCCCUCGUGCUGCAGCAGUGGCAGAACGGCAGCUACGUGACGGUCGGGCGCUGGGAGCGCGGCGCGCUGACGCUGCUGCCGGCGCUGCGCUGGCGCACGGCGGACGGGCGCGCGCCCGACGACGGCGGCGAGCGCUGCGGCCUGCGCGCGCUGGCCGCGCUGCUGCGCUCCGACUGCCGCACCGCCUUCGUGGUGCUGGCCGCGCUGCUGCUGGCGGCGCUGGUGGGCGCGCUGGCCGCGCUGGCGCUGUGCUGCCGCCGCCGCGCCGAGCGCGAGUACCGCGCGCACCUCGAGGCGCUGCGCCUGCGCGCCGUGCGCCCCGGCGGCCUGGACCGCUGGGAGCUGCCGCGCGAGCGCGUCGUCAUCAACCGCAAGCUCGGCACGGGCGCCUUCGGCACCGUGUACGGCGGCCACGCGCUGCUGGCCGAGGACCGCGGCUGGACGGCCGUCGCGGUCAAGACGCUCAAGGCGGGCGCCAGCACCGAGGAGAAGCUCGACUUCCUGUCGGAGGCGGAGGCCAUGAAGCGGUUCGACCACAAGAACGUGGUGCGGCUGCUCGGCGUGGUGACCAAGACGGAGCCCGUGUGCACCGUGAUGGAGUUCAUGCUGUACGGCGACCUGAAGAACUACCUGCUGGCGCGGCGGCACCUGGCGGCGGCGGCGCCGGGCGACGAGGCGGCGGACGAGGUGGCGCCGCGCCGGCUGACGGGCAUGGCGCUGGACGCGGCGCGCGCGCUGGCCUACCUGGCGCAGCUGCGCUACGUGCACCGCGACGUGGCGGCGCGCAACUGCCUGCUGAGCGCGCACCGCGUGCUCAAGCUGGCCGACUUUGGCAUGACGCGCCUCGUGUUCGAGAACGACUACUACCGCUUCAGCCGCAAGGGCAUGCUGCCGGUGCGCUGGAUGGCGCCCGAGAGCCUGGCGCUGGGCGUGUUCUCGCCCGCCUCCGACGUGUGGUCGUUCGGCGUGCUGCUGUACGAGAUCGUCACCUUCGGCUCGCUGCCCUUCCAGGGGCUCAGCAACGCCGAGGUGCUGGCGCGCGUCAAGGCCGGCCGCACGCUGGAGCUGCCGCCGGGCCUCAAGCCGCAGCUGGAGGGGCUGAUCAAGUCGUGCUGGCUGGCGGACUGCAAGGCGCGGCCGACGGCGCCGGAGGUGGCGGCGUGGCUGGCGGACUCGCCGCGGCUGCUGGCGCCGUGCCUGGACGUGCCGCUGGACUCGCUGCCGCUGGACGCCGAGCCCUGGCGCUCCGCCCGCGACCGCGCCGAGGCGCGCUGGGUGUCGUGGGCGGCGCCGGCGUCGGCCGCCACCGACACCACCUACCUCAGCGACGCGCCGGCGCCCGGCGAGGCCGACGCCUUCCUGCCCGAGCCCGCCACGCCGUGACCGCCGCGCCGGCGCCGCCUACCUCAGCGACGCGCCGGCGCCCGGCGAGGCCGACGCCUUCCUGCCCGAGCCCGCCACGCCGUGACCGCCGCGCCGGCGCCGCCUACCUCAGCGACGCGCCGGCGCCCGGCGAGGCCGACGCCUUCCUGCCCGAGCCCGCCACGCCGUGACCGCCGCGCCGGCGCCGCCUACCUCAGCGACGCGCCGGCGCCCGGCGAGGCCGACGCCUUCCUGCCCGAGCCCGCCACGCCGUGACCGCCGCGCCGGCGCCGCCUACCUCAGCGACGCGCCGGCGCCCGGCGAGGCCGACGCCUUCCUGCCCGAGCCCGCCACGCCGUGACCGCCGCGCCGGCGCCGCCUACCUCAGCGACGCGCCGGCGCCCGGCGAGGCCGACGCCUUCCUGCCCGAGCCCGCCACGCCGUGACCGCCGCGCCGGCGCCGCCUACCUCAGCGACGCGCCGGCGCCCGGCGAGGCCGACGCCUUCCUGCCCGAGCCCGCCACGCCGUGACCGCCGCGCCGGCGCCGCCUACCUCAGCGACGCGCCGGCGCCCGGCGAGGCCGACGCCUUCCUGCCCGAGCCCGCCACGCCGUGACCGCCGCGCCGGCGCCGCCUACCUCAGCGACGCGCCGGCGCCCGGCGAGGCCGACGCCUUCCUGCCCGAGCCCGCCACGCCGUGACCGCCGCGCCGGCGCCGCCUACCUCAGCGACGCGCCGGCGCCCGGCGAGGCCGACGCCUUCCUGCCCGAGCCCGCCACGCCGUGACCGCCGCGCCGGCGCCGCCUACCUCAGCGACGCGCCGGCGCCCGGCGAGGCCGACGCCUUCCUGCCCGAGCCCGCCACGCCGUGACCGCCGCGCCGGCGCCGCCUACCUCAGCGACGCGCCGGCGCCCGGCGAGGCCGACGCCUUCCUGCCCGAGCCCGCCACGCCGUGACCGCCGCGCCGGCGCCGCCUACCUCAGCGACGCGCCGGCGCCCGGCGAGGCCGACGCCUUCCUGCCCGAGCCCGCCACGCCGUGACCGCCGCGCCGGCGCCGCCUACCUCAGCGACGCGCCGGCGCCCGGCGAGGCCGACGCCUUCCUGCCCGAGCCCGCCACGCCGUGACCGCCGGAGCCCGCCGCGCCGCGAUACUGCGAUCAUUCCAAUAUUGUUCUAGUCAAACAUUGUAAAUAGUAGAUAAGAUAAAUGAUAUUUAAUGUAAGUUAUUAUGAGUUAUAUAAAAUAAAUGUUCUAUUAAUAUUUAUAAAAUUAAA